CUGUUUCACACAAAGCCGUCUUUCACCCUCCGACACGUAGAAUAAAGUGCGGACCUAACCUGAUCAACAAGAUGAAGAUACUCAAGGGCGGGGGACUGAUGGUUCUGAUCUACAUGUGGCUUCUUCCGCUGCUAUUGGUGAAGGAGCUCGUGACGGCUCAGACGCCAGCGCCCAUCGUGCCACAGUGUAACGCACCCAUAGCCAACGUCGUGCUCGUCCAUGGUAUACUCGGCUGGGGUCCCGACGAAGUCUUUGGUCUUCCCCAUAUCAAGCACGGUCAUGUGCUGGAGGAUAGCGGCUGCUUCAAGGUUCACACGGUAGCGCUGGUGAUCCUCGGAAGCAACCACGAUACGUGCGCUCAGCUGCACGCCCAGCUGGUGGGCGGAUAUGCCGACCAUGGUCUUGAACACAGCACAAACAUCUCCGUCCAGCACGACCGCUAUGGAGACAAGAACUACACAGGGUUCAUCCCGGACUUUCUGGUGCCUGGCAACAUGAGAACGUACUUCGUGGCCCACUCACUGGGAGCCACGACCGUCCGCCAAUGCGAGAUCUACUGGCGCGACGGAAGCGCAGCGGAAAAGGCUGCCACUCCGACCGACGACCUGAGCCCCCUGUAUCAAGGUGGCCACAUCGAUGUCGUGAGCGGGCUCGUGUCACUCAAUGGCCCCAUCGACGGCACGCUCCUAGUGGAUGCCUUCGGGGGGCAGUUUUUGGAGCUCCUGAAGAGGGUCGUCUUCAUCGUUGAGGGGCUCAUUGGCGAAGACCUCGCUGAGCAGGGAAUCUACGACCUUGAUUUCGACUACCUCGGGAUAAACUGCUCCGCCGCCAACGUGUCUGCUGUCAACGACUGCAUCGAGGAAAUAUCAUCGUUGCCGAUCUACAACGAUCCGGAAUGGGGCGACCACGCUGGAGUCUCCGGCCUGGAGGGCGCGCAGGAACUCAACCUGCAAGGCGACCCGGUGUCGAACAACACGUUCUACAGCAGCAUGUCGAUCUUGCUCUGGCCGUUCUCCCUCCUCAUCGGCUGGUAUGAGCUCACCGACGAUGCCUUCGACGGGUGGCGCUCCAACGAUGGCCUCAUAUCCGUCCAAGGGGCCGAGAUCUUCGCCGAAAUUGUCACUAUCCUCCUGGCCAUGGAUGAAAAGCACGCCGCGAGGCUCGACGAUGCCCGGCGCAUCUAG